AUGCAAACAAACCUUGAACGCUUUUUGGAUUGUGUAACUCCAGUUGUUCCAUCCCAUUUGCUGCCCAAAAAUGACUUGAUGAAUCUGAAUAGUUUAUGGCAUCCAUGGGAAAGAGAAAACUUGAACUAUUUUACAUUGGGUGAUGUCUGGAAUUGUUAUGAUGAAUGGAGUGCUUAUGGGGCUGGAGUUCCAGUUACUCUCGAUGAUGGCCAAAAUUUAGUGCAGUAUUUUGUUCCUUAUCUGUCUGCUAUUCAAAUCUUCACCAGCAAUUCUUCUGUAAACUGUGUAAGGGAAGAGACUGACUCCGUAAGUGAAACAAGGGAUUUCUUUAGUGAUUCAUUGAGCGACGAGAGUGAUAGCGAAAAGCUUUCGAGAUGCGAUGGGUCGUCUGAGGAAGGAUUAUUCGAGCACGAUAACUUUCGGGUUCCCAAUGAUAGAUUGGGUAAUCUUUACUUUCAGUACUUUGAGAGAAAUUCUCCUUAUGGAAGAGUUCCUCUAAUGGACAAGAUCAAUAGCUUAGCUCAAAGAUACCCAGGAUUGUUGUCACUAAGAAGUGUAGAUCUUUCACCUGCUAGCUGGAUGUCUGUUUCUUGGUAUCCGAUUUAUCACAUUCCAAUGGGAAGAACCAUGAAAGACUCGAACACAGGCUUUCUCACAUACCACACCAUUUCUUCUUCUUUUCAAGAUAUGGACCUUGAGGACAACACCGAGAGUGCUGAAAGUAAAAGAAAGGAAGGAGAAAGCAUCUCUCUCCCUCCAUUUGGUAUGGCCACUUAUAAAAUGCAAGGCGAUGUGUGGGUCUCGACCAAGAAUGGCAGGGAUCAAGAGAGGCUGGUGUCUCUUUUAAGCGUUGCAGAUUCCUGGCUAAAGCAAUUAAAGAUCCAACACCAUGACUUCAACUACUUCACGGGAUUUGGUUCGGGAAGUAUGAAAACUAGUGGCUUUAGGGUGGGAUGA